CUCCAACAAGAAAAGUUCCAUCCCGACUGGACGGCUCUGCGUCUGUGAGCGCUGGAGGAUGCGUUUCGGGUGCAGGUGUGCCAGGCCUCAAGAAGCAGUCAUAUUUCAUACACGAUAUUGAAAAAAAAAGAGUGAGGAUGGCGCCCACGACCUUGUCGCUGCUGGCCCUCGUCUCCUUGGUCCCCGUCACAUUGGCAAUCCUGUUUGGGGAGCCCAGGAUAUUUGGCGAGGAAGCUACUGGUUACGGGCCCAUUUUCGAGGAGGAGCCAGUGGAUGUGGUCUACACCGAGGACUCCCCCGAUGGUAGGAUCUCAAUGAACUGCAGGGCCCGAGCCAAUCCUCCAGCCGCUUACAGGUGGCGCCGCGACAACUGGGAGAUCAAGCUGAUGGAGCAGCCGGAUGAGCACUACAGCCUGGUGGGGGGCAACCUGGUCAUCAGCAACCCCAGGCAAAAGAAGCACGCCGGCACGUACAUCUGCGUGGCUCACAACAUCUACGGCACCGUCAUCAGCAAGGAGGCCCGCGUCAAGUUUGGAUUUCUCGAGGAGUUUCCUCAAGAGGAGAGAGACCCGGUCACUGUCAGAGAAGGCCAGGGGGCGGUUCUGCUGUGUGCCCCUCCCAAAGCGUGGCCAGAGGAGGUGUCUUACCGCUGGAUCUUCAAUGAGUUCCCCGUGUUCCUCAACAUGGACCGCCGCCGUUUUGUCUCGCAGAGGACCGGCAACCUGUACAUCUCCAAGGUGGAGGCUCAGGACGCCGGGAACUACUCCUGCUUCGUCUCCAGCCCCGUCCUGGGAAAAAGCGUCUUUUCCAAGUUCAUUCCUCUGAUCCCGUUGCCACCAGACGAUGGCGAAGAAAGAAAAUACCCUGCAGACAUCAGGGUGAAGUUCCCAGACACAACAGCCCUGCUCGCCUCCAACAUUACGCUGGAAUGCUUUGCUCUGGGGAAUCCCAUCCCUCACAUUGUAUGGAGGAAAGUGGACGCCACAGACUUGCCGGCCAACCACGAGAUCAGCGAAUCGGGCGCGGCGUUGCACCUCUACAACGUGCAGUACGAAGACGUGGGCGCGUACGAGUGCGAGGCCAUCAACACCAAAGGGAAGGACUGGCACAAGGCCUGGCUCUACGUGGAGUGUGAGCGUCUCCCACGCGCGUCAUGGCCGAGCCCAUUUGUAAUUUUUUUUUUUUUCUCCCCCCAGUCCGGAAAAGGUGAGCUGAAGUUCUCCAGCUUGACGUUUGCCGACUCCGGGAUGUACCAGUGCAUUGCAGAGAACUACUGGGGCAUCAAAUACGCCAACGCCGAGCUGCGGGUGAUCGCAUGCGCUCCGACCUUUGAGUUCAACCCUCUGAAGAAGCAGCUCCUCGGCGCCCGAGACGGCCGCGUAUUGAUCGAGUGUAAACCCCGAGCGGCCCCGAGGCCUCGCUUCACCUGGAGCAAGGGCAAAGAGCUGCUCUUCAACAGUUCACGCAUCUCCAUCAUGUUUGACGGCACUCUGGAGAUCCUCAACGCCACAAAAAACGACGAAGGUUUCUACACGUGCUUUGCUGAGAAUGACAGAGGGAAGGCCAACAGCUCCGGUUAUCUCACCAUCACGGAGGCAACCAGCAUCACGGUGGCUCCCGAAGACACGGAGGUGACGGUAGGCGGCGAGGUGGUCCUGGCCUGCUCGGCCUCCUACGACCCCAUGCUGGAUAUCGCCUUCAUCUGGGCCAUCGACUUCCGGGUCAUCGACUUUGACGCCGAGUGGCAACACUACGAGCGCAUCAUGAGCCAAGAAGGCAGCGGGAACCUGCGCAUCAAGAACGCGCAGAUCUGGCACGAGGGCCGCUACACGUGCACGGCUCAGACCGUGGUGGACGGCGACGCGGCGUACGCAGACCUAAAAGUCGUCGGGGUCCCGGGGCCUCCCGGUGUCAUCCGCGUGGAGGACAUCGGCGACACGUGGGUGAAGCUGCUGUGGACGAAAGGAGCCGAGCACAACAGUCCCAUUCUGUCCUACACCAUUCAGACCAGGCACUUCUGGUCUCUGCACGAGGACGACUGGAGGAACGCCAGCACCUCGCCGAGCUUCCUUGACGGCACCGUGGAGCGGGCCGACGUCACCGACCUGUACCCCUGGAUGGAGUAUCAGUUCCGGAUCAUCGCCACAAACGAGUACGGCUCGGGAGAGGCCAGCAUUCCCUCGCUCAAGAUCAAAACUUGGGACGCACCACCGGUGGUCUCUCCCGCCGAUGUGGAAGGCUACGGCGGUCGGAAUGGCGAGAUCAUCAUCACGUGGACGCCCGUGCAGCCGUGGUAUUUCUACGGCAAGAAGUUCGGCUACAUUGUGGCCUUCAAGCCCCACGACGGUUACGACUGGUGGUAUGAGACCAUCUCCGACCCGGAAACCAGGCGCUACGUUCACAAGGACUCCUUCUUCCUGCCCGGCGACGAGGACUUCCAAGUACGGGAGUUCCAGGUGAAGAUCAAGACCUUCAACGUGAAGGGAGACGGGCCCUACAGCCUCACCAAAGUCAUCUACUACCCUCGAGACGUCCCCACAGAGCAUCCAACCGAUGUCUACGCUCGGCCAGUGUCCUCCACGGAGGCGCUGGUGUGGUGGCUCCCGGUGGUGGACACGGGAACGGGCCUGCAGCAGUACAUUGAAGGCUAUCAGGUGAAAUACUGGCGAAAGUACAUCGACACGGAGCCGGGAGCCAAUCGCAUCUUUGUUAACGCGACGGUGAGCCAAACCAGGCUGGAGAACAUGCUGCCCGACUCGCAUUACCUCAUCGAAGUCCGAGCUUUUAACGGAGCGGGCCUUGGCCCGCCUGGCGAACACUGUGAGAUGUUCACCAAAAGACCACCGCCAGCGGAGCCCCCCAGGAUGUGGCGCUUCAUCUCGUGGACUGGAAAGUGGCUGUACGUGUGGUGGGAUCACAUCACGUACGACUGGUUUGGGAACGUCUCCUUCCCGCUCUAUUACAAGGUCAUGUUCCGAAAGACGGGCUACAUCUACGGGAAGGUCUACGUCACAGGCUGGCACUUCAUGGAUUUCCCCAUGCCGCAGUUUGGCGACUACGAGCUGAUGGUCCGCGGGCGCUACGAGGGAGGCGACGGUCCCGUCAGGACCAUCAAACUCCUGGGUAAGGCCUCCAUGACCACGCCCACGCUCAGCCUCACCUCUGGACUCUUGCUGGCGCUGUGCAUUGCGGCAUUGUAACGUCGAGUCAAGAGGUUUUGCUUUUCCCUUGCGCACUUCACAUCGGUCGUAGUUCCAAAGACUGUCCGUCGUGCAUCUCGGACUUGAGGAUGCAGCAUCUAUAGCCGCAUAGCCCAAUGUGCAUUCAAAUAUCUUCUAGACUUUGGCUUCAAGAUUUUUUAUUCAUUUUUUUUUUUUUUUUAAUGGCUUUUAUUUGUUUGGAGUCAGUCUAUCGUGUAAACUCACUAGCAAUCAUUGUUUAUGAGAAGCACUAUAAGAAGCAAUCGGAUUGUGUGUAAAAGAGCUGUCAAAGAGUGCUUGUAGAUGAGCAAAGGACAACCCGUCUAUUUAUUAAAAUACUACUCCACCAAU